GGCCUACGGCGAUGAUGUUCGCCUGCAUUUUUAUGUGUUUGCACAGUUGACCGAAACAUCUGUCUGCACCGACUCGUGCCUAGCAUAUUACUACAAGUGUGGGUAUACCCAACUGUACAAUAUUGGGAAAAAUUAUAUUUUGUUUUCGAGUGUAUGAUGUCGUGCAUUUGAAAAACUGUUACGGCACACUCGACUGUAUGUAUACACCGUAUUAUCCGAUCCGUGAGUUUCGAAAUUUAAUACACACAAUCGAGACUUGCAAAAAAAAAAAAAAUAUAUCCGUCUCGGUGUGCCUACAGCAAGUAGAAUAGGAGGUGGCCAAGUAUGAAGCUUAAACCCAUCUUUGACGCGUUGAAACGAGAAAAUGACUUUUGAUAAGCUUAAGGGUUUUUUCGCAAUGUUCAAAAAUUGGUAUCGUUGUUGUUUUUUUUACAUCGGAGUCGGCCGUCAGCCAGAAGACGUGGGCAUCAAUCUGGGAUUACUGAACUCGGCGGCAAACAAUGUAGCUGGCAGCACCGAGUGUUACACUGUUCAAAAAAUAUCCAGUUUUGGCAGAGCCAUUUCUCACGACGAGGAUGGUUUGUCCAUGUCUGGCGGUGUGACGAGCGACGGCGAAGAGGACGAUCCCCAACAGAAAUCGCAGCCGACCGUUAAGAAAAAAGGCAAAUGGGGCAAAGCGAUUAAAAAAACCAAAGACCCGAAAACCCCAGACUCUUUUCAGACAUUGGCUGGUGUCAGCAUGAUGAUGUUGCAACCGAUCACUGCCGGAGUCAGUUCCACUUCCACGCCGGAUUUGAGUAUAACGUCCCCGAAAAAAGACUUCGUCAAGAAAGAAGACAAGAUGGACUAUCUUUCUCCGGCUUCGUGUAAAGAGACCGCCGGAUGGCUCAAGUCGCAGAGCAUGCAGGACAUGACCACCUCAACAACAGACUCGGACAGUUUUGCCGUGUCUUCGAUAAGCGCCGACGACACCACAACACCUGCUGUGCGUUCGCACCGCUUCGGGUCUGUCGCUACUUCCAUGAUGAACGUCACCAGCAAGUUGACUUCCAUGAGGUCCAAGUCCAGCGAAGCGGUGGCCGCCAACAAUUGGAAAACGGCCACGGAGAACGUGCCGCCGGUCGAUCCGAACGCGCAUCAAGAACAGGCCUAUGGAAAUGUCAACUUUAAAAUCACAUACGACCAGCACACGAAAAAGUUGUUCGUUCGAGUGGAUAACCUGGACGGGUUGGCGCCCAAAGGCAAAGACAAACGACCGUAUAAAACAACGUUGAAACUCACGUUGUUGCCACAAGAAAAAAUUUCGAAAACCAGCAAAACCAUAAGCGCCGCCAUGAGCCCGGUGGUGAACGAAGAUUUCUUCUUGAGCACCAAGUCCAUAAGCAAUAAAGUUCUAAGAAUUUCGGUGUUCGACCAUGAACAUCAAGGGAAAUACGACGCGGUCGGCCAUGCUUUGUAUUUUCUCGACGACUUAACGCUAAGUGACGACGGAGCCCAGACCGUGAAACUCUAUAAAAACUCAUGGCCAGAUCUAAACAAUUCCAGUUUGCGCAUCACAUUAACGUACAAAAAAGAACGAGAAACGUUGCACGUGGUCGUGCAUGAAGCUAGCAAUUUAAUAUUACCUCACGAGAAAUCCAGGACUUUUGUUAAAAUCGUCCAUUUCAACAAGGGCAAACGUCUCAAGGAAUACCAGUCGCCGUCGGUGCCCAACACCAGAAUGGACCCUGACGCUACUUAUGAGUUUGCCGCAGACAUACGGAUGGACAUGAACAUGGCCACCAACGGGUACUUGGUGAUAGGGUUGAAAGAAAAAGGAUUUUUGAAAAGGAACGAGAGCAAUUUGGGCAGAGUGAUAUUCGGACCGUUUUUGUACACCGAGAGGGGUUAUGACCUGUCGCCUUGGGGCAAAGCGAUAUUGACUAGGGAGGGCGUUUCCGACACUUUCAGAUUGUAUCUUUGAAUAAUAAUAAUUAUGAACAAAAUUGAAAAUUGAAAAAAAAAACUACCUAUCUAUUUUAUAAUAUAAUAUUAUAUUCUCCUUUGCGUUUACCAUUGUCUGUUUUGGUUUUAUUCGCUAUGUG